GCAUUAUCGGUCCAAGAGAGAAAAGAAGUCCCAGCUCACCCUCCAGGCCUUCCUGGACCCAACCACCGUUCCUCGUCCAUCAUAUCAGGACUCCUCACAACAACAACUCAACGCGUAACAAGUACGUAAGACGUCUCUCGCGAAUAUUUCCACCAAUUAGUACAAUUUUCAGCUAUGAGUACGAGUUCUGCUUCUGGUUAAUGACCAUUGAUUUGAAUUUGUUUUUCAUUUUCUUUUUUUGUGCAGCGAAUGCGAGCACGGUCACACCUGCUUAAUCAUGAUCCUACCCGUGUAUUAUCACUCAGUCAGAGUCCUCAGAGAUUACACCGAGCAGCACGAGUAGGACUAGCGUCAAGAAAAAUGCCGGUUGAUUUAUCAAUAUCCUCGAAGAUGGCGGCCAACGCGCUGGACUUAGCGCAGGCCGCCCAGUUCGCUGUUCGUCCCUUGAAGGAGGACGCAACGAAUAUGGCUAUUCGUAUCAACAUCGCAGCAGAAAAGAUCGCCCAACUGGCGAAAAAUCUAGAGAAGUUUGUCUACACAGUACCGGUACCACACUUCCCAGCGUCUUUGCCGAUGCUGCCGAAAGCAUCGGCUAUGACCUAUGCCACACCCGGUGCGGCAACAAAUUCCGCUGCCAUGUUGGUAGACCAAAGCGGAACACCGAGUGUCGAUGACUUUUUGAAGCGAGCCAAAAAUGUACUACCAACUAGAAAUUCAAGUUUCGAUGUGAUUCUACUAUCUCCUGUCCGCCUAAUGCUAAUUCAUUCUCGUUUGAAUUUGUCGAAGAUUCCGACCAGUAUAUUAAGUACUGUUGGACAACCGGUCCGUUUGAGCAGAAUCAAACACGACGAGUGCAGCAAUGAACUCCACCUGAAGAUCCGCUAUCAACAAUAAACCAACCUGCAGGUCAAUAGCUUUCUAGAAGUGGGAGAUGGAGGAAGUUCUUCCUCGACGAGAAUGCACUCAAAGGAUAAGGAGGGUAGGCAAAAUGAUCGUGAUUUAGCAGGUAGAAUGUCGAAUUUCCUGGCAACAGCGUUUUACGGAAGAAAUCGCAGCGAACGUAGCGGGAUUCCAGCUGCAGCGAUGUACAUAGACGAGGCGUCGAGUGAAGGAUCCUCGAAUUGCAGCGGGCAUGGGAAUUGUAUGACGCCUUUUCAUGUCGUGCGACAUCCGGUUUACUAUGAGUACUUGAACAACAAGACUGGAGGAUCAGGCGGAAGUCAUUUAAUCAACAACACAAUGAGUUCUUCAAUAUCGUCGUCAACUUUGGGUAGUGCGCAAAGAGCAGGGUCGUCUUCUUCUUUUACAAACACCACGAGCAUUCGCACUACUAGGAUACGAACACGAAGAACAUCUAGUGAAGCGUCGUCUUUUUUGAAGAUCGGAAGCGGUGGCGAAAAUAUGGCGAAUACAGUAUACGAGCAAGCUUUUCUACGAAAUCCGAGUAUGGAUGCAUUUCAAGUUGAGGACGAAAUUGGAGAUUGAAGAAGUUGAACUAUAGAGUUGUAUUUUGUGCUACCCUUGUUCUCGUCCUCCACCUCCACGCAUGCUGAACUUUUUUUCUUUUCCCACCCGAUUUCUCAUUCUCGGAAAUAAGAAUAAUAGAAAGACAAAUCAUUAUUAUGGCGUAUGCCAAUUCGAAUGCCCUUAUCCUUAUGAUUGAUGAUGUCUCUCUUGGACACUGGAAAUGCUUUAUGCCUCAGCCGAUUCUCUCCCUCCCGGAUCCUUGCAUAUGAUGACACGUCUGUAAAAGACCUUGGCGUGAGCACUGCUGCGGAUGAAAUGCCACACAUGCAGGAGGGUGCUCACUACACACGUGCAAGCCAUGGGGGCGCAUUGUGAUCAGCAUGCCAAGCACGACGCAGCCAAAACGUAUAAGGUACGCCGGGCAAGAGCUCUACAGCCUGAACAUCGUCAGCCUCUGCCUACUGGUGUCCACAUUGGGGGAGCUGAUGUUGCGACUCAUGAAGUUGACAUACCGCAUCAGGCCAGAUGCUCUGCUGAUGUACCGGCUGAGAAGGCCAGAAACACGCAAAAUGGAGACACAAAACAGCAAAGGCGCAGGCGAGAGCUCUAGUAGUGGGAAAUGGAGAAAACGCGAGGAGAUGCGCAAAAAGGCAAAGCAGUGACAAUAAUUAAAGGCGGCCUGUGCGAACCCGCCUUCGGGCUGAGUAUAUGCAGAAUUUUAGAGCGUAACGGCUUAGAAAUGAAGCUUCUGCGUCAUUUUUGGUGGUGUUUUUUCCUGGUCCUAAACUGACACCGAGCGGCCUUGACGAUAAAGAGAAACGUGACGACAGGCAUCGACGCUGCCCCGGUUGUGAAAGUCGUGCGCUGUUUUGCUUGUUCGGUCUGUUUCUUCCUAUGUAUGACCCCGAGAAAAGUUUCCUAGGUCGUGCGUCCGUCUAUGUAUGUAUCAUGCUGCAG